AUGUUCAUUACGAGAAUCAUCGCUACCUCCGCUGUCGUCGUCGGCUUGUCCGCAUCUGCCUACGCACAUGCCGCCGCUCAUCCUGCUCUGGGGAUCAAGGAGCCCAUGAAGCGCCCUGACGUCAGAAGGCCCGAUGCCAAGAAUCCUUGUGGUGCUGGCGUCAAUAUCGCCACCAGCUUGGAGACGGUACAACCUAUCCAGGUCGCCGCUGACGGAACCUUUUCCGUUGUCGUGGAAAACUACAAUGGGGGAAUUGACGGUUCCAGGCAAUUCACCCUCAAGGUCGAUCCUACGGGUACGGGAAAGUCGUUCCAGGCUGGCACUAUCACGAAGAAUGGGUUGAAAGUCACAGUCAAGAACGAGAAGGAGACAAUUCAAGCCAAGCUCCCCGCUGGCAUGAUCUGCCAAGGCGGUCAGGCACAGAAUUUGUGCGUCGCACAGUUCACCAACGCUGCCGUUCAGAAGUUCGGCAACUGUGUUGUCGUGAGUGUUCAACCCAUCUUGUCGACGCGGUAUAUCCUGAUAAUCAUGGGCUCCCGUCUUGCUCGUGCCAUCCUCGAUGCCGAGGACGACGGUGCCGACAAGGAGGAGGUUGUAGAGGAAGUCGUUGAAGUCGUCCGCCGAUCCUUGAUUGACUGGAUCUGGGCUUAG